AUGGUUCUGGCGCUUGCAGUAUUCCCGCUCAUUUCCUGCGGUUCUGAUGAACCGGAAAAGAUCAGAGCGCGUGGCAGAAGCCUUGAGGUGCAUACCUCUCAUCCACUGAUUGUGGAAAAAGUAGCAUUCAGGGACGUGAGCGGUCAGCACCGCGUCAUCCGCCCGAGAGCUUCAAACCGGCAGCUUGUCCUGCUUGACGUCACUCUCGUCAACCGCACCAGCUUGGUCACACCCUUGCUGAUAGACGAAGAAGCCGCCCAGAUCGGCGACAGACGCGGCGCACGCAUAGACGCGAUCGACCCCUUUGAGUCAUCGAGGGUUGUUGAUGUCGCGGAUACGGAGGAAGACCUGUACUCUCCCUUCCUCUGGGGAGAGGUCGAGCUCGACCGCCAGUUUCAGGUCGAAGGCUGGAUGGUAUUCGAUGUCCCUAAAGGCCUCAUCCUUGGUAGCCUCUGGUGGGAGGAAGUGGACACAAUCAUCACCGACUUCAUCGAAUACAGGCGCCGCAGAUAG